AUGCCAGGAGGCGAUGACCAGUACUUCAUUCCCGAGCUGAUUUCUCCUUCUCCUCAAAGCAGAGUCAUGCCAGAAGUCCCGGAGAACAUGCAGGACAACAUUGCGCAGCUCGAACAUCAGGCUCGCAGCCCCAACCGCAUGCAGUAUGGCCAGGCCCAGUAUGAGCGUUCGCGCUUCCCUGAGCGGUCCUCCUCCGCUGCCGUCGUCCAGGGACAACCUAUGCAAUCUGGCUAUGAGGCCACUCACUACGAGCAGUCUGCGGCUGUAUACGACGUGAUGGACUCACCAAACUUCUCCCCCUUUCCCGUGUUGCGGAACCCGCCACCAAACGUUCCCCCUACCGAUGAACAGCGCGAGGCGAACUUGGAGAAGGCACGCGUUCCCGUGCUAUCCUCGAACGACCCAGAAAUGCAACUGGCUUGGGCCCAGGAUGUGCUCGCGCACGUGGAGGUCGCUGUGCAGAAUGAGGCCCGUUUGUCUGUGAUCCAGCCGCCGCGCCCCCAGACUCCUUCAGUUGAGCGGCAACUGCGGAACGACGCAUUGAACAUCGUCAAUUUUCUGGCUGAACAAUACCAUCCGAAAGCGGAAUUCAUCAAGGGAAUGUGGUUAGAAUUCGGCAAGUUCGGAUUCCGCGUGGAUAAGAAGGAGGCCUUCCGCUGCUAUUCAAGGGCUGCGGAAAAGGGCUACGCGCGGGCAGAAUAUCGUAUCGGGAUGCAAUUUGAAAGCUCUGGAGAGCCAGAAAAGGCAAUCAGGCACUACGAGAAGGGUGUCGCAUUCAAGGAUUCUGCCUCUUACUACCGUCUGGGUAUGAUGAUACUGCUUGGACAGCAUGGACAACGUCAGGAUUACCGAUUAGGUCUCGAGUACAUCAGUCUCGCUGCGCAGUCCUGCGACGAGAAUGCGCCUCAAGGCGCCUACGUUUACGGCAUGCUUCUCGCCCGGGAACUACCGCAGGUGAACGUCCCAGAGACCUAUCUUCCUCUCGACCUUAACGCGGCACGCAUCAACAUCGAAAAGGCCGCCUAUCAUGGAUUCGCCAAGGCUCAGGUGAAGAUGGGAGCCGCAUAUGAACUUGGUCAGCUUGGCUGCGAUUUUAACCCGGCAUUGUCCCUACAUUACAAUGCGCUUGCUGCGCGUCAGGGCGAACCUGAGGCAGAAAUGGCUAUCAGCAAGUGGUUCCUUUGCGGGCAUGAAGGCGUUUUCGAGAAAAAUGACGAGUUGGCGUUCUCAUACGCCCAACGUGCGGCUCAAAGUGGUCUCCCUACUGCUGAAUUCGCACUAGGUUACUUCUAUGAAGUCGGAAUAUAUGUCCCAGUCGACAUUAAAGAAGCUAAAGGCUGGUAUGCUAAGGCUGCAGCGAGCGGAAAUAAAGACGCCACGGGCCGGAUCGACAGCAUCUCACGGUCAAAGACCUUGUCUCGCCGAGACCACGAAAAUGUCGCUAUCGCUCGAAUCAAGUCCACUCGCUAUGGAAAUCACCAACGAGGAGCCUCAAACGCAAGUGCAAUGCAGCCUGUUACCGAGAGUCUUGAGAUGCCGGACCCGUCCAAGAUGAGCAUUUCGGAUUCCGGCCCACCUUCUGCUGCUCCUUACCCCGACCGACCCGCGCCUCAUGGGCGCCCGGGCUAUCCCCCUGAGAAUCGGCCCAGCUCUGCCUUUGGCAUCAAUCCGAGUAUCCGCCCCAACGUUGGCCAGUACAACCGUGCAGCUUCGUAUGGACCCGGCCCAAUGGGUUACCGCUCACCAGGCUCUUCAACUCCACCCAACGGCCCAGCACAACCAAUGUCGGCGGCCCCCAAGUUAGACAUCGGCUACUCUGCGCCUAUGGAGCCUCCGAGACAGGAUAUGCGAAGACGGCCCCAACGUCUGGAUAAUGUGCCAGACAGGAAGCCCGCGCGGACGCCUGUUUCGGGUGUGUCCUCACCGCGUCCUUCUCCUUCUUCCGCAAACUUCCCCCCGCGCGCCGAGUCCAUGCAAUCUCCCUCCGCUACACCCAAGCCUGGGUCCGCUCCUCCCUCGGCGGCGGUGGCGCCGCCGCAGACUGCGCCAGUGGCUCCUACCAGCCAAAAGCCCGCCCCACCCGGUCGCCUACCCGGCAAAGGCCCAAAGACUUUCGAGGAAAUGGGUGUCCCACAAGCCCCGAAAGAGAGCGAUUGCAUUGUCAUGUGA